AUGGAGGCCCUUCCCGGGGGCGCGGCGGCCGGCGGGGCGCGGGGGGCGCGCGCGGCGGCCCUGGUCAGCGGGCUGCUGUCCGCGCUCUACAGCGGCGCCGACGAGGCGGCGGCCGGCGGGGGCCGCGGCGGGGGGCGGCGGCGGCGCCGCGACAGCUCCACCGAGGCCUCGGGCUCCGACGCGCGGCUGGGCGGCCCCGGCGACUCCCGCGCCCUGCAGGAGCUGCGCGCGCGGCCCGGCCCGCGGCACCAGGCGCGCUACCUGCGGCAGAAAGACGCGAGCGAGCUGAGGGCGCUCCUGGAGGAGCUGCGCGGCAGGACGGGCCUUCUGUCGGCCAAGCUGCUGCGGCAGCUGAAGCAGAGGGACCGGCUGCUGCGCGAGGCCCAGAGGAGCUGCGACGUGCUGACCGCCUGCCUGCAGGCCGCCUCGCCCAAGAGGAGAGUUGACACAAAGUUGAAAUUCACUCUUGAACCAUCUCUAGGCCAAAAUGGUUUUCAGCAGUGGUAUGAUGCUCUCAAGGCGGUUGCCAGACUUUCCACAGGAAUACCAAAGGAGUGGAGGAGAAAGGUCUGGCUGACCUUGGCAGACCAGUACUUGCACAGUAUCGCCAUCGACUGGGGCAAAACCAUGCGCUUCACUUUCAACGAGCGGAGCAAUCCUGACGACGACUCCAUGGGAAUUCAGAUAGUCAAGGAUCUCCACCGCACGGGCUGCAGCUCCUACUGCGGCCAGGAGGCCGAGCAGGACAGGGUCGUGCUGAAGCGCGUCCUGCUGGCCUACGCCAGGUGGAACAAGAACGUUGGCUACUGCCAAGGCUUCAAUAUCCUGGCUGCGCUGAUCCUGGAGGUCGUGGAAGGUGAUGAAGGGGACGCCCUGAAAAUUAUGAUUUACCUUAUUGAUAAGGUGCUUCCUGAGAGCUAUUUUGUAAAUAAUCUCCGGGCGUUGUCUGUGGAUAUGGCCGUCUUCAGAGACCUCUUGAGGCUGAAGCUCCCUGAAUUAUCUCAGCACCUGGAUACUCUGCAGAGAACUGCAAACAAGGAAGGCGGAGGCGGCUACGAGCCCCCCCUCACCAACGUCUUCACCAUGCAGUGGUUCCUCACCCUCUUCGCCACGUGCCUCCCCAACCACACCGUCCUGAAGAUCUGGGACUCCGUCUUCUUCGAGGGCUCAGAAAUCAUCCUGCGGGUGGCGCUGGCCAUCUGGGCGAAGCUGGGAGAGCAGAUAGAGUGCUGCGAGACAGCAGACGAGUUCUACGGCACCAUGGGGCGCCUCACGCAGGAGAUGCUGGAGAACGACCUUCUGGAAAGCCAGGAGCUCAUGCAGACGGUGUAUUCUAUGGCUCCAUUCCCUUUCCCACAGUUGGCGGAGUUGAGGGAAAAAUACACCUACAACAUUACACCGUUCCCAGCCGCGGUUAGACCCGCCUCGGGUUCUGGGCGGCAGGGCAGGGGCAGAGACAGCGAUGAAGACAAUGACGCGGAUGACGAGGACGCCGUUGCCGAUGCAGUGGGGUGUCUUGGGCCCCUCAGUGGCCUCCUGGCCCCCGAGCUGCAGAAGGCCCAAAAGCAAAUGAAAGAGCCCCAGGAAGAGCAGACCCUGCGGGCUGGCAACAUCGGGGAGCUGAGCCCGGGGGCCAUCACCUCCUGCCGCAGCGAGCACCACGCGGCCCUCAGCAGCAUGAUGCUGGAGCGCAUGACCACCGACAUCGGCGCGCUGCAGCGGCAGUACUCGCGGAUUAAGAAGAAGCAGCAGCAGCAAGUUCACCAGGUGUACAUCCGGGCAGACCAGGGCCCGGCGACCAGCCUGCUGCCGUCGCAGGUGAACAGCGCUCCGGUCGUCAACCACCUGCUCCUGGGCAAGAGGACCAAGGCGCCCGGCAGGGCCAGGGCGGCCCUCGCGCCCCCCGCGCCCCCCGCGCCCGGCGAGGACCUGCGCGCGAGGCUCAACUCGCCGUGGCGCGCGCACCUGCGCGUGCACAGGAGGGCGGCGGCGCGCGCGCGGGGCCCGGGCUGCGGGGACACCGAGGGGCUCAUCGCCGAGCCGGGCGGCCCGGGGGACGCCCCGGGGGACGCGGGGCCCGGCCCGCGCCCGCCCCCCGAGCCCCCCGGCGAGAGCUUGGCCGGCGGCGCCCCGCGGACGCCCGCGUUCAGCCCGUUCCCCAGCGUGAAGCCGCUGCGCAAGUCGGCGGCCGCGCGGAGCCUCGGGCUGUACGGGCCCAGCGAGCGGACGCCCAGCGUGCGCUUCCCGCGCCUGAGCCGCGGCCUCGGCCAGCCCGGCGGGGCCGGCAAGAAGCGGUGA